CGCCGAUAUUAGUCCGUCGUUCGGCGAUUCACGCUGCCACUCCGUUUUCUUCCGCUCCUCGAGCCCGUCUACGAGCCUCUCUGACCCCGCGCAGACUGCAGCCUGUGUCCGGCCCGUAAGAUCCCGCAACAAUCCGCGGCGACCGCAAACAAAACGUCCCAGGAGGUAGUCCGCCACCGAGAUACGCUAUUGACCGACGAUCCCCGGGGGUGACUGGCGAUCAUCGACGCGCGUCACGGGCUGCCCGGCCCAAGGAACGAAGAGAUAGAUCCCUGCCGAAAGAUAAGAGCCACCACGGAGAUCCGAGAAUCCAGAUAGCCCACCGGAAAAAAGAAGAUGGACGCGGCGACGUCUUUCUAGCGCUGACCGACCGACUGAUACCCUAUCCCUCACCACAGAUACUCGAAAGUUUAGCGAUCGGCUUAUCGCGGAACACGCACGCGAGGAUUAAAGUCGACGCGCCAGUCGAACCGCGAUCAGAGACCGCGGAACGGAGAACAGUGACGGUGGAGUUGCCCGAGAGACCGUGGACGACGUGUUUGAUGAGCCUGCCGUGGGCCAGCCUAGUUAUGUUCUCGAUCGAGUACAGCAAGCAAUUCCUGAGCUACCGUAUACUCAAGUCCAACCGGUUCAAAUACAUCUGACGAUACGGACUCGGUCCUCGAGUGAUACAAGGGUGCGCGCGACAGGGUGUGGUGUGUGUAUGUGAGCGUGGACCGGGUUCUACCGUGGACGACUUGCUGGGGUACGGGGGUGGCUCGGGAAGAGCUGUACCGGGGUUGAACUGGUGCUCGCUGCGCGUUCACGCAAGACCUGGAACGUCUUGUUUCCUCGCGAUUCAGCCUUAACCGAUGCGUUGACGGUCUGCCCGGCUGCCUGCCGCUGGUUCGAGGGUGAACACGCGAGAGGGGAGAGAGAUCCGCGGGGCCAGCGCUCCGAAAGUAUCUCGGUUGAGUGGUUCGAUAACCGGACAGAUGUUAAACAGAUCGUAAAAAUACUGGAUAAGAAUUAUAGAUGCAUGAAACCUUCGAGAGAAACCUCGGUUUGAAGUAACCGUGAUACGCUCGAGACGAGAGGGAGCGAGAGUACGAACAACCCUUUCGGAGAUACGAUCAGGCGACACAGAGGUAGAGAGAGGGAGAGAGAGAAAGAAAGGGGGAGGCAGAAGGAAUUCGCUCGUAAAUUCUUCUCUCGUUUGGCCAAGGAGAACAUCGGCCACCGGGUUUCCACGAUUCCUAUAAUCGGGGGUAUUAAACGGGCUAAUUAAGAGGAGGGUCCAAUUAAAGCAAAGAGAGGAUCGCGGGGAGAAUUUGCACGUGUUUGGUCGAAUUAGCGGGUAGCGUGCGAGGGGGAGAGAGAGAGGAAGAUAGAGGGAUAUAGAGAAAGAGGAGCAAGAACAAGGGAAUAAAGAUGAUCGUUUACGUUCCUGGUAGAAUGCCAAGCCACGUUGGUCCGUACGGCGCCGCUCGUUACCCGGGCACCCUGCUAGGAGCAGUGCCGGGUUUUUACAGCCCGAUUUCCGGUUAUUCGACCAGCCCGAACUCCGCCGGCUACUACGGGAGCCUCAGCCUGCAUCGGCAACCACCGCUGGACCUUCCGGUUUGGCCGCGAAGGAUGCCGGUCGAGGAGGAACUGGGAACGUCGCCGUCGGCCGCGUUGCCAGGACUCGGCGCCACGCCGGGUGGUCUGGCGAACGGCGGACCGCCGAGUCCUGCGCACAGCGACUCCGACGCGUCCAGCUCCAGCCUGGAGCUCGGAUCCAUCCGCCGCGGGGAGAACGCUCAGCUCAAGUGCAGAUGGCAGAAUUGUGGUCGGUGGUUCACGUCCUUGGAACAACUGGCAGGACACGUCGCGCGGCUGCACGCCGCGCCGGGACCGCGAGGACUCUUUUAUUGCGGCUGGGAAGGAUGCGCGAGAGGUGAACGUGGAUUCAAUGCGAGAUAUAAGAUGUUAGUCCACGUCCGGACGCAUACGAACGAGAAGCCUCACCACUGCUUCCAAUGCGACAAGAGCUUCAGCCGCGCGGAGAACCUGAAGAUCCACGCGCGCUCCCACACGGGCGAGCGUCCGUACGUUUGCCCGGUGGAGGGCUGCAACAAGGCCUACUCGAACUCCUCGGACAGGUUCAAGCACACCAGGACCCACGCCGUGGACAAGCCGUACUGCUGUAAGGUGCCCGGCUGCCCGAAGCGAUACACCGAUCCGUCGUCCCUGCGCAAACACGUAAAAACGUACAGACACUACGUAAACAACAAUGACAAAGUACAGGAGAAGAGCUUCGACGAGAACAACUCCCAGGAGAAGACCAGGUUCGACACCACCUCGCCAGAGAAGCAGAACAACAGCACCAAUUCCGAGUCCGACAAGAAGGACAGCAGCAUCGAAAGCAGCACAUCAGGAUCGAGUCCAAAAGCGAGCAACAGCUUCGAGGAACAAAGGAACUUCGUCGAGUGGAACAACAUGUACAAUCUGCAGGAUCAGCGCAAAGAACAGGAACAGAUCACGCCGAGAAAGGUGUACGAACAAGACGUGAAGAUUUACCCCAGGAUCUACGACGACAGCUACAUAAUACCGGACAGGAUUCAAGUGAACCCCAUGUACGUUAACAGCCCGAUGAUCAAAGAGAGUCCUCCAGCUGUCCGAUCACCGCAGACUAGUCCUCAUCACAUUCCCGACCCCGUGCCUCGCAUCGGGAUGCAGUCGACACCCAUCAAGACCGAGGAGACCAUCGAGUACCCGACGAAAGUCAGCACCGUCGAUUACAGGAACAUCGAGUCGAUCGUGAACAGCACGCCCUGCAAAAAAGAGAACACUGUAGCCUGCGAUCCGAUCAGGCAUUCUGUGAUAAAGCGAGCGGAGGAUCUGAAGAUGGAGAUUGAACAGACGCCAACUAAAGAGGAGGUCUGCAAGGACACUAACGACUGCUGCUGCCGUCACAAGUGUUGCGUGCACAACAACGACAAUAUUCUAGAAAAGACCAAGAUCCUUUCCGAUUUGAUCCUCAAGGCACAAAACCCUUUGUUCAGGCACCUGUUAGGCACCGUUGAUCUGCAAUAUGGUUUGCAGAACAUGUGGGGCAACAUCGUGGACACGAACAACACCUGUGGACAGGACCUCCGCGUAAAGAUCGAGAACGUCGUCGAGAUGGAACAAGAUCUUCCAUUGGACCUGACGAUCAAUAAGUAGCUAGGCGUUCGCGGAGUUGUAUGAGCGAUUGCAGAGAAUGUGUCGGGUGUGGUGGAUCCAUGUCCCGUUCACGAAAAAAGGGUUUAGCUGUUGCGAAUUCGAAAGCCGGGCUCGAACUACCGGUGGCGACCCGUGUUAAGCGUUCUCUAGGUCCUCCUUGAGUCAAGUGCCUUGUACCGGCUGCGCAGAGACAAAUAUUUUUCAAUUUCCUCGCUGUGAUGAAGAUUUACCGAUCAGUUUUGUUAAUCCAAAAGGGCGACCUGGAGCGAACGCGAAUAGAAAAAUGAAACUUGGGGUCGCCAUCGAUAUGUCUCGUGUUCACGGAUUGCGAAGCAAUUGAAUCCGGUAUUCUUUGGGAACAAAAUUUUCUUGGGGAAUUGUAAUUGAACGAUGAAAAUCAAGGUAGAUGUAACCGGUGAAACGGAUUGACCUCAGCGAGAAAACUGUUUUGAUUAGACUGCGAAACCAAAUAAUAUCGUAAAUGCGUUAAUUUCUGUCGUUGUAGGGCAGCGUUAGUCGGAGAAGGAACGGUUGGUAAGAGAUUUGCUCAAUCUUAACUCGUCAAUGCCUCUCUUAGUGACUUAAGUAAGGAGUCUCGGUUGUCUAGAUUUUACGGGUAAUUCGAUGAAUCGGACGUGUAUGAUUUUGUACGCGGCACUGGAAUUCAAUCUAACAUCAAGGGAGAAAAACUUGCGCGGACCACCGCGUCGAAGCUAUCCCGGUAUCUUAUACUGAACACCGAUGUAUAAUAUGUAUAUAAAGAUAUAUUAUAUGUAAGUAGUUAUCCGAGAAUGAUAAGACGCGCGGCGGGAAAGUAUGUGCAUUUCUCAAUGACAAGGAUGAGCGUGCGUGUUUAACGACAAGAGAGUUAUUCAAUA